GACAACAACUGGCUGGACAACGUAUCGCUCGACAUGGACCACGCCCCUGCCAUCAUUAAACUCCUCGAUGCAGCUGUGAUAAAGAUGGAGGGAGGAACCGAUUUUGACCUGCAGGUCCUCGAGGUUCAGGCGAACGCAGCAGGAGCUGCUGGAGAUGCGAGCGGAGGAGGAGGUGGAGGCGAGAAGAGUCAAGCGGAUCCCAGCGGAGGAAGCGUGGGUGGUCAGACCAGCUCAGAGGCGACUGUAACUCAGACGAAGGAGACGGCGAGCGGUGACGCGGGCAAUAACAAAGACACAGAGAAGGGCAGGAAGAGGAAACGCAGCCUCUCUGCUGACAGCGGCGAGGGCAGUGCCUCCGACUCUGACUCCUCCCACUCUGAUGGAGAGAAGGAUGAGGACGAGGAGAAGGAGGAAGAGGAGGACGACGGAGAGCAUGAGCGUCGUAAAGAGCGAGGGAAAGAGAGGGAGAAGGAGGCUCCACCCAAGCCCCGCCCCCUCCACCUCACCACCUCCCUAUUCAUCAGGAGCAUCCCACCAGAGGUGUCCAAGGAUGAGAUCACAGCUCUGUGUCGCAGAUACUCAGGCUUCCUGCGGGUGGCGCUGUCGGACCCUCAGCCCGAGAGGAGGUUCUUCAGGCGCUGCUGGGUGACCUUUGACCGCAGCGUGAACAUCAAGGAGACGUGCUGGAACCUGCAGAACAUCCGGCUCAGAGACUGUGAACUCGCUCCGGUGGUGAACAGAGAUCUGUGCCGGCGGGUUCGCAGCGUCAACGGUCUGACGCACCACAAACCGGUGGUGAGGAACGACAUCCGACUGUCGGCCCGACUCGUCCACAGCCUGGACCAGAGAGGGGAGCUGUGGACCGGACAGGUGCGGACUUUAGAUGAUAAGCUACUGAAGGUGCUGGACCGCCUGCUGCUCUACCUGCGUCUGGUUCACUCUGUCGAUUAUUAUAAUUUCUGUGAGUAUCCCGCCGAGGAUGAGAUGCCACACCGCUGCGGGCUGAUCCACGUUCGAGGACCCCUGCCUGUGGGCAAGAUCACUGCAACUGAGGUGAGUGAACACCAGCGGAUGUGCGAGGAGCGCCUGGCUCCGCUGCUCUCGCCCUCUGAGACUCUGACUGAGGAAGAAGCGACCAGGCUGGGGAAGAAAGACCCGGAACUAGAGGUGGAGAAGUUCCUGUCGGCCAACACUCAGGAGCUCAGCAAAGACAAGUGGCUGUGUCCUCUGAGCGGGAAGAAGUUCAAGGCUCCCGAGUUUGUGCGCAAACACAUUCUCAACAAGCACGGCGAGAAGGUCUCCGGUGUCCGGCAGGAGGUUGAGUUCUUCAACAACUUCCUGUUGGAUGCUAAAAGACCUGCCCUGCCUGAGAACAAGCCCCUCCCACCGCCUUCACAAGCCGCUCCUCCGGGUUUACCAGGAUUUCCCGGACAGUCGCCGCAGCAGCAGAGCCUUCUGGGAUAUCCGCCUGGAGUCAGACCACCCAUGCCCGGUUUCCCAGGCGGUGCACUCCACCAUCCACCAAACCAGUUCGGAGCUGGGCGGGGUAACUAUGACAACUUCAGAGGUCAUUUAGGAGGCGGCGGGGGGUUUUCUGGGAAACAGCGAAACAGCAGGAGAAAGGGACCUCGAUGCAUACGCCACUGGUCACCAUCCUUCUUUCCACAGCUGCAAAAGAACACCUCCGAGACCAUAGGAUGA